CGCUUGUUGGUCACGUUGCAGUUGCAGAUAUAUCUGAACAUCUCUAAAUUUUUGGCUGAACGUUUAAAAUUUCGAAUCUCUGGUGUGCGUUUUAAAAGGAUGGUGUUUUAUCGCGGCGUAUCAGCCAUUUCAAGGCUUCGGUCACGAGCUGUGCAACAAUCUUCACUUAGCAACUCCGCUAGAUGGCUCCAGAUGCAGAGCUCUUCUGAAUUGGACUUGAAGUCGCAGAUGCGAGAGAUAAUCCCAGAACAACAGGACCGUUUGAAGAAACUGAAAUCAGAACAUGGAAAGGUUCAAUUGGGGAACAUUACUGUUGAUAUGGUACUUGGUGGAAUGAGAGGGAUGACUGGAUUACUUUGGGAAACCUCAUUGCUUGAUGCAGAUGAGGGAAUACGCUUUAGGGGCAUGUCAAUUCCUGAAUGCCAGAAAGUAUUACCUUCAGCUCAAUCUGGAGAAGAGCCUUUGCCUGAGGGUCUUCUGUGGCUUCUUUUAACUGGGAAGGUGCCAAGCAAAGAGCAAGUCAAUGCUUUGUCAAAAGAGUUGGCUCAUCGUGCUGCUGUUCCAGAUUAUGUUUACAAAGCUAUAGAUGCUCUGCCUUCGACAUCUCAUCCAAUGACUCAAUUUGCUAGCGGUGUUAUGGCCCUUCAGGUUGAAAGUGAGUUUCAGAAGGCAUAUGAGCAGGGUGAUGUUCAUAAGUCAAAGUUCUGGGAGCCAACCUAUGAGGAUGCCUUAAACUUGAUUGCUCGUGUCCCCGUUGUAGCUUCAUACGUUUAUCGGAGGAUGUACAAGGAUAGUAGCAUAAUUCCAUUAGAUGAUUCUUUGGAUUAUGGUGGAAAUUUUUCACACAUGCUGGGAUAUGAUAGUCCUCAGAUGAAAGAGCUCAUGAGGCUUUAUGUCACUAUCCACAGUGAUCAUGAAGGUGGAAAUGUUAGUGUUCACGCUGGUCACCUGGUUGGGAGUGCACUUUCGGAUCCAUAUCUUUCAUUUGCAGCUGCGUUAAAUGGUUUAGCUGGGCCACUCCAUGGUUUAGCAAAUCAGGAAGUUUUGUUGUGGAUCAAAUCAGUUGUCGAAGAAUGUGGAGAAACUAUUUCAAAGGAACAGCUGAAAGAUUAUGUUUGGAAAACGUUAAACAGUGGCAAGGUUGUUCCAGGAUAUGGCCACGGUGUUUUGCGUAAAACGGAUCCAAGAUAUGUAUGCCAAAGAGAGUUUGCCUUGAAACAUUUACCUGAUGAUCCUCUUUUUCAGCUGGUCUCAAAGCUUUAUGAAGUGGUGCCUCCUAUUCUAACUGAGCUGGGAAAGGUCAAGAACCCGUGGCCUAACGUUGAUGCUCAUAGCGGAGUGCUACUGAACUACUAUGGUCUAACCGAAGCAAGAUACUACACUGUGCUUUUUGGCGUCUCAAGGAGUCUCGGCAUCUGCUCACAGCUGAUAUGGGAUCGGGCUCUUGGACUGCCACUAGAGCGGCCAAAGAGUGUAAACAUGGAGUGGCUCGAUAACUUUAUGCGCUUGAAACGCUAAGUUGAUCCCUGACUGUGGUUGGUCAAGGUUCUCUCUUUUAUGAAACCAGCCAUCUCUUCCAUUUGAAUGUGGUAUCUUUUGCCACUUUUAGAGAAACAAACGAGUUUGAAUCUAAAUUUUUCUCUUCAGAGUUUUCAUUUUGGUUCUUCCGCUAAAAACAACAAUGGCAAAGUAGUAAAGUAAAGGUCUUUCUCAAAUUGAGACACCGUAAUAUUUAUCCUUGACUUUUAUGUAGACAAGUCAACCUACCUACUCGUCCGUUCAAGCCAUCCAUUGAUUUGUUUUGAUUGGUCCUCAAUGAACUAUCGCAUACAACGCAGAGUAAACAUAAGAGGAUUAUGGGAGUCGCUGGAUCCUGCUACCGACUUGUUAGAAACCAAGAGAAGAGGUUUCUACGACAUGGAACUGAUUGUUGGAACACAUCCUAGUCCUCUUCGUCAUGGUCAGUCCAGUGGGCAGGGGUUCAAGACAAACAUACAAUUAAGGAUGGUCAUCCUUAAACAACCAAAAUCAUGUCGAGAAAGGAACUUGACCUCCUUGACGCUUACGGCAUCCUCUUCUCUCGAAGACACAGAGUCUUGACAUGACCGUGCAAGGAUGACUAGUCUAGACACCUCCUAUAGUCAUCCUCCUAGUAAAAGCAAUACGAGAUUCUUGGUUUCAAUAUGAGUUCAAUACUUCCAUGUUAAGGCUCAGGACUUGAUUCGUCAUCUUUUGCGCUGGAGUCAAUCCGUCCACGUUUUUUAGGCUUCUUUGACCCGUCUCGCCUUGCAAGUGCAAGGGUUGGUCUCACGAGUUUCUUAUUCUUGUAAAGUUUAUCAAAAUAAUAUCCUUUCACAUACCCUUUUAUCUUUUGCGUGUGAAUGUGAACUAUAAAGUAUUUCAUUAAUUUAAUGAUAGGUUUAACUUUAAAAGUU